GCAUAGGUCACAUUUAAGGACAUUUUCCUGAAUACACACCAGUUAACUGGGGACCUCUUGGCAAAUGGGGACCAAAAACCACGUCCUCAUUUGUUUAGCUAUACUAUCAUGUUCAGUAUGCUAAAAAACAUCACUGGCCAAAAAAUUUCACGUGUCCCGAAAAAUGACAAAGACCUGAUUUGUGUACCAAAAGUGUGUGUGCCUCCCCCCCAGAGUGUGUAAAACGCAGCGCCCCAACAGGAAUUCAUGUGAACUGCACUUCCUUACUCUACGCACACAUUUUGAUCAGGUGAUCCAAACAAACCAAUGAAAAUCUACUUUUUUGAUUGGAUGAUCUAAACCAAUGAAAUUUUACUUUUGUACUGGAGGAAGCUUUAGGCUAAUAUUUAGCAUAACGUAAAUAUAUACAGCAUAUUUACACAUUGCUAGCAUGCCCUGGUAAUAUUAUUUCUAUCACGCAGUAAAAGUACAUCAAUAAAUAUAACAGUUUAAUAUAACUGUAGCAUGCCAACCAUAAACAUUCUGAUAAAGUACAAAAAUAAGGAACAGUAUUAGCAAAUUUACCUACGCCGAUUUAUACUUAUUUGUAAUGUUAGCAAUCACUACCAUGUAGUCUUCUUAGCAAACCACAUUCAGAUAAAACAGAAAAUUAAAAGCAACAUAUAGCAAAUAUGACUCUAAUAAUUCCAUGUAACAGGUCACCACGCAUACAUAGUAAGUGUAAGAAAGUAAGAGUAAGAAAAAUAAGGAGCACUAUAUAACAAAUACGACUAUGCUAAUUCCAUAUAUCAGGUUGCUAGAACCGCUAACAUGUAGCGUGCUUGGCAAACUACAUUCUGAUAUAUUAUAAAAUAAGGAGCAAUAUAUGGCUAAUAUUAAUAUGCUAAUUCCAUGUAUCAAGCCACUACAUAUAACGCUAGCAUGUAUUAUGCGUACUAAACAUUCUGAAAGCAAAAUAAAUGUUUAUAAUACUACCUGUUUUAAGUGGAAGUCCUAUAAUUUUAAAUAGUUCUUUCGGCCGUCAUAUAUAAUACAUGUGCAAUAACAAGCGCGGAGGAAUAUUUAUGUCACACUGCGCAGUUAACAAGUGGACUAAGUGGAUUUUGCGGCUAUAAUUUGGAAAGACGUCACUUUCGCGGGGAAACAUCGGAGGAAGGAUUUCGCGCCAACAGAAUGAACUCCAUUAGGAGAAAAAGAUGUCAUCCAUUGCAGGAUGUCAAGUUGCAUAUCAGAUUAAAGUCUGAUAAGGCUGUGAUUGAAGAGCGUUAUAUUAAUGUUUAUAAAGGAAGAGGAGUGUUCAGCACGGUGGACAUUUGCAAAGGAGAUUUUGUAGUAGAAUAUAGGUGUGAACUGUUGUCGGAGAAAGAGAGUUUUGAACGAAAGAAUGGAUAUAGUGAGGCUAAAAGUGUUUUUCUCUAUGAUUUCCAAUGGAAAGGGAAGAACUGGUGUAUAGACGCAUCUCAAGAGGACAAGUCUUUAAGGAGGCUUGUCAAUGAUGAGCACAGGAAUCCAAACUGUCGAAUGAAAGUAGUAGAUGUUGAAGGAAGUCCACAUCUUUGUCUCUUUGCUGUUAGAGACAUUUUGUCAGGAGAAGAGAUUAAUUAUAAUUAUGGAGAUUCAGAUUGGCCUUGGAGAAGACAGGUAUUUAGGUUUCCUCUUUUUUGCUUAUUUUGGCAUUUUUACAACAUUUCAUAUAUUACUGUUUGCAAGAGUUGCUCACAGUGUGAUAAUGGGUUGCAUAGGAACAAAUUCAUUUUACUGUUUUGUUCUAAAUAGCUCUAAAUUAAAACACAGUAAUGCCAUUUUAAAGGUGGCUGUAUCAUCCCCACCAAAAGAGAAAAGUGUCCAGAAUGACAGCCAGAUACCCCAGUUGGAGUCUGGCUACAUAGAGGCAAUGGAUGACUCGCACGCCAAAAAAAAUAAGUCGCUAAUGGACAAACAAAUGACCCAGGCUAGUGACAGUUUUGGUGAAGUUAUGACUGCGGAGAGAAAACGGAAGACCUCUGUAGUGGCUGUAUCAUCCCCACCAAAAGAGAAAAGUGUCCAGAAUGACAGCCAGAUACCCCAGUUGGAGUCUGGCUACAUAGAGGCAAUGGAUGACUCGCACGCCAAAAAAAAUAAGUCGCUAAUGGACAAACAAAUGACCCAGACUAGUGACAGUUUUGGUGAAGUUAUGACUGUGGAGAGAAAACGGAAGUCCUUUAUGGCACGAUUACAGAAACUGAAAAGGCACCAUAACAAAUGUCUAGAACACUAUGUGAUGGAAGACAAUGAACGAAGGAGACUUGAAAAAGAACGGACCUUGCUAUUGUGUAAAGUUAGUCAGAUUAAUGAAAAGCUUGAAUCUGGAUCUGGAUUACCUUCUGCCUCUGAUGAAUUUGGUCACCUAUCAGCUGAUCAAGUGGAGGAGACUGUGAUGAACACUUACAGUUCAUCAGAUGUUUCUGAAUACACUGACUAUAGUGAUGUAGACUAUGUGCCAGAUAGCGACGGAAGUCAUUUGAAAUGUAUAUUCUUAUGUCUUGUUUAAUGAAAGAUGCCAAUUUAUACCUGUGUGUAUAUAUGUAUACCUACAUAUGUACAUAUAGGAUGGAAAAAACAAUAAAUAAAAGUUCUUGUUAGUCACAA